CGAGAUCUUUUUGAUUAUAUAUAGUUUUAGCCCUAGCUACCCCAGCUCAGGUCCAAUUCCAAUUUAGGGUUUUGUUUUUCUCUCCCUCGCUCGAACAGCGAACAAACAAACAAACAAAAGCUUUAAACUUCAAAGCUCUGAACCUUUUUUUGCCUUUGGGUGCUUCAGCCCAAUUAACCGACUUUGUUCUCCUCCUUCAUCUUCCUCCUUUGCGCUUACCUCUGUUACCGGAAAUUCAAAUAUAUUAUUAUUUUAAUUCCUUCGGUUUCCGGGAGAAAACAAGCCUCUAAAUCCGUGAAACUGUUGUUUUGGAUCUGCUUUCAGGGUUUUGUUGGUGAUACAACGAGGACAGUACAUUGAGAUGGAGACUGCAAUCAUUCCGGUUACACCUAUUACUCCUACAGACAACAAUGACCUUGUUAGUUCCGAAGUACAGCCCAAUAAACGCAGGAGGAAGAAGUCUAUUGUCUGGGAUCAUUUCACUGUGGAGACCGUAGGAGAUGGAUGUAUCAGGGCCUGCUGUAAUCAAUGCAAGAAAUCUUUUGCUUACAUUACUGGUUCAAAGCUAGCUGGAACUAGCCACCUCAAGAGACACAUUGCCUUAGGAAUCUGCCCGGUAAGCCGUCAGAGGAAUCAACAGGCAUCAGACACUAAAACUGCUAAUGCCACAUACGAACCAAGAAAAAGACAACGAGCAACUCCUGGAUUUGCUAACAUCCCUUUUAACCAGGAACGCUGCAACCAUGAGAUAGCUAAGAUGAUCAUAAUGCACGAGUAUCCCCUCCACAUUGUGGAACACCCUGGCUUUAUUGAUUUUGCUCGGACUCUUCAACCUCAGUUUAAUAUGGUGAGUUUCAAUACUAUUCAAGGAGAUUGUGUUGCCAUGUACCUGAAUGAGAAGCAAAGGCUUCUCAAUUUUAUCAAUGAAAUUCCAGGAAGGAUAAGCCUUACGCUAGAUUUACGUAUUUCAAAUCAAACUGUGGGCUAUGUUUUCAUAACAGGACAGUUCAUUGAUAUGGAAUGGAAUUUGCACCGCUGCCUGCUUAAUGUAGUCAUGGUACCUUCUCCUGAUUCAGACUGUGCCUUACAGCAAGCUGUUGUGUCUUGCCUAUCAGAUUGGCAUUUGGAGAAUCGGCUAUUUACACUUGGUCUUGAUCAGUCCUUCUCAAAUGUUAACAUAAAUCAAAACCUAAGAGCUCUAUUUUCUGUGAGGAACCCUUAUAUGCUGCAUGGUCAGUUCUUGAUUGGAAAUUGCUUUGCUCGUGUUUUAAGUCUUCUUGCACAAGAGGCACUAUGGUCUGUGGGGGAAACAGUGAAGAAAAUACGGGAUAGUGUUAAGUUUGUGAAAACUUCAGAUACUCAUGAAGAGACAUUUUUUGGACUGAAGGAACAACUUAAAGUCCCCAGCAUGAAAGACAUAUUCAUUGAUGACCAAACAAAAUGGAACACAACAUAUGACAUGUUGGCUGCCGCCUGUGAACUAAAGCAAGUAUUUCUUUGCUUGGAAACCUCUAUUCCUGAUUAUAACAUAGCCCCGUCAAUGGAUGAUUGGAAGCAGAUAGAAAUUCUCUGCACAUACUUGAAGCUUUUCUUUGAUGCUGUCAGCAUUUUAACUGGCCCAACAUACCCGAAUGCCAGUGCAUUCUACCAUGAAGUGUCAAAAGUUCAGUUGGAGUUGACACAUGCAGCAAUGAGCAAUGACCCCUUCAUCAGCAACUUGACCAAGCCUUUGAAGGAGAAGUUUGAUAGAUACUGGAGCGACUGCUUCUUAGUUUUGGCUAUUGCCGUGGUAAUGGAUCCUAGAUUCAAAAUGAAACUUGUUGAAUUUAGCUUCUCUAGGAUAUAUGGUGAUGAUGCUGGAAUGUGGAUUAAGAUUGUUGAUGAUGGGAUUCAUGAGCUCUACCUUGAAUAUAUUGCACAAGCACUUCCUCCACCUGAAACAUUUGUUGAAGAACGGAAUGGGAGCAUCAUCCCAGAACAGAAUGGGGGUGUCAUCCUCAAAACCGAACCCCCUGAAGACGGAUACCUACAUGAAGAAGGAUACCUUCAAGAGGAACAAACUCAUGAAGCAGCUCCUCAGGAGGUAUCCCAUCAUGAAGUAGCUCAUCAAGAAGAUUCCCAUCACGAUGUUGCUCAUCGAGAAGUAUCCGAUCAAGAAGUAGACAGUCAAGAAAUAACCCAUCAGGAAGAAGCCUCUCAAGAGGUACCUUCUCAAGACCCCCUUAUUUCCAUUGGAGAUGGACUUUCAGAUUUCGAGGUCUAUAUCUCUGAGAUCAGUGGUAGCCAUCAGAUGAAAUCAGAACUGGAUCAAUAUCUUGAAGAGUCCCUUUUGCCUCGGGUACAAGAUUUUGAUAUCUUGGGCUGGUGGAAAUUAAACAAGACAAAGUAUCCUACACUUUCGAGGAUGGCUUCUGACAUUUUGUCAAUGCCGUUUUCCACCGUUGGUCCUGAUUCUGUUUUUGACACAGAGAGAAAAAAGAUGGAUAACUACCACAGUUCAUUACGUCCUGUGACACUUGAAGCUCUCAUCUGUGCUAAGGACUGGCUCCAGUAUGGGGGACUAUCCCAGAGUUGUGAUGGAAAUGUGAAGAUGGAAUUCUAAGUACAGAUUUCGUUUUCAUUCAUCUGUUACAGGAUACAGUAGGUAGGCCUCUUAGUGGUUGGUCUCGUGUCAUAUAAAAUCCUUUUUCCCCCUCGUGUUUCCAUGAGAUGUUUUAUAGGAUUGGAUUUAGCUACGCAUAUUAUUCUUGGAUUCUGUGAAUCAAUGCCUUGAGGUUCACAUAAAGUUAUCAAUUGCGAUGCUUCUUGUUAAUGCAUUUCUUUCUUUCUAUAA